UGGUUGUGCAUGCCAACUUCCGCCUGCAAAAUAAAGGAACAGUUUCAUUUAAGAGGAGGUGUCCUGCUCUUUGCAGUGAGUGAGAACCUUGCAGAUGCUGGCGAAUGAACUGAAUGUAAAUCUCUGGGAGGGCCAUGGAUAGGCAGAGGAUGCCUGGCAGAAAGUUUGGGUCGAGCCGCCGGAAGCAAGCAAGAGGGACCAGGGGAAGCACACGGGUAUCUUCGAUCUCAGAGGAAGAGCCAUGCCUUUCUGAACUCAUGGAAAAGGUUUGGGACCUCUCCCAGGGACAUGGAAAAAAGGAAGGUUUCAUCACACGAGCUGAUAUGCAGAAAUUGGAGGCAGACUUUCCCUGGAGCACUAAAGAGCUGGAGCUUGUGUUUGAUGGCCUGGAUACUGACAGCAAGGGCUACUUAACCACAGAAGAGUUCAUUGAGGGGCUUAGGUAUUUUCUGAGCUCACAGACGGUGGCAAGAGCGCACCGGAAGAGAAAUAUGCCUUCCGAAAGGGCUCCUACCCACCUGUCUCUGGAGGAAGCUGAUACAGAGGAGCAAGUGUGCUUUAAGGCCUUCCUAAACCAACUGGGAGCUGACAGCAUCUUUGAAGACCAGUCAGAAAUCUGGAAGAUUUGGGUGCAGCUCCGACAGGAUGAACCACAUCUGCUGGGAAACCUGAAAGAAUUCUUGGCAAAAAUGACACACUUGAUCAAAGAAUCGAGGGGCGCAAAAGAGACACUGCAGUUAAUACUGAAAACGCGAGUGGCUGAUCACAACAAGGAGGUGCAGCAGUUAUAUGAGGAGUUGGAACAGCAAAUAGACCAGGAGACAAGGCGGCUGCAGCUUGAGAGUAAAACCCAAAGCCAAUUCCUCAGCGUAGAGAUGAAAGAACUGUUGGAUGCCAGGGAAAGGGAAAUACAGCAUUUCCUUGAUGUUCAAAAAGAGCUUGAGACACAGUUUCUCAGUCUUAGAGAAAAGCAGCAUAUGGCCAGUACCCAAACCCAGGAGCUCAAACAAACCAACAUUGCCCUUGAGGCCCAGCUACAAAAAACCCUCAAUCAGCUUCAAAAGACCCAAAGGCAACUGGAUUUCAUGAGGGGUAGAGUAUCCCAGUUACACAAAGAAGAGAGUGGCAGAUCGCCAGAGGAAGUCUCUGUCAAGACUGCUCAAAGUCAACAGGGUCAUCUGAGUGCAAAUGAGUUGAGUUCCUCUGAAUUGGUGAUGAGAUUUGGAUACAAUCCGAGUGAGGAUACACUGGACAGCUCUGCUCAGAAGGCACCUGGUGGUAUGGCAUCAAUGGCCAAAGCCGACUCAGAAUCUAGAACUACUAGAGUGAUCUCCAUUGAAGAGGAUCCUUGGGUAGACUCCAUUGUAGAACCAGAAAAAUAUUUUCCACAGGAAGUCGUUGACCAAAGCUCUUUGCUUAGAGAGCUGAAUGAUGCCGUAGCAGCAGUAAACAAGGUGUCUGAAUCAUCAAAUAAUCCACAAAUAGAUAACUCUGGUUUUCAGUUCUUGGGCCAAAUUAGAGAGAAUGGAAAUUCUCAGCAAAGAAAAAUGCAGGAAAAAAUAACUCCAUAUGAUGCAAGCUCCAGAAAAUGUGAUCCUCAGAAGAGAAUUGUUGAGGCUCUUCCUGGACGAGCUUCAUGGCAAAGAGAUGCUCUUCUUAAAGAAAGAACAACUUGUGCUCUGGAGGUGAAGAAUGCAAACAUCUCUGAGCCAAGAAGGGAAGUCAAAACUCUAGAGUCAAAGCAGAGAGGAUGUAUUCUUGUUCCUGAAGUGCAGUCUUCUGUUUAUAAAGAGUUGACAAGUCCAGCCGGUGACUAUAAAGGCUCGAUGCAAGGAAAGACUCUCAUUUUAGAACAGGCGACCCAACUUCACAAGCAAGUUUUAAAGUGCAGUGGUAUCAGCCGGACUCAGUGGCCACCUGCCGAUUCUGAGCAGAGAGUGGUAAAGCAAUCUCCAGAAAUUAAAACAUCAGAGAAAAAGAUACAUGAAACUCAACAGCCCUCAGUGGAAGAUACGCCGCUUGCUCAUUCCUCACCCAGAGUAGCCCUACCCAAGUUGGAUGAAGGAUGUGAGCCAGAGAUCUCCGUUUUCCAAAACCACAAGUUAGAGAAUAUGCUCCAACCGGUGUUGCAGACACAAACCACAAAGGGUCUAGAAGCAUCAUUAUCGGAAGACAAAAGAGAAGGAUGCUUGGAUUUGCCAGGGUGUAGGAAGAAUCAAGAGGUCAGGGUAGAAAAGGAUGAGGAAACAAAUGUCAAAGCAGAAGCUGCAGACUAUCCAGUGGAUGUGGAUGCCAAAGAAACUUCUAAAGACACCACAGCUGUUUGCUUUUGUCCAGACCAUGUGUAUAACGUGCUCUUUGUUGGAGACUCUAAUGUUGGCAAAACGUCUUUUUUGCACCGACUGCAAGAUGAUUCCUUCAAUGCAAAUAUGACUGCGACUGUAGGAAUGGACUAUCGGAUCAAAAACCUCUUUGUGGAUAACAAGUGCUUUGCUUUACGCCUGUGGGACACAGCCGGCCAAGAAAGAUACCACAGUAUCACCAAGCAGUUCUUCCGGAAGGCUGAUGGAGUUGUAUUGAUGUAUGACAUCACCUCAGAACAUAGCUUUGCAGAGGUGCGGUACUGGAUGAAUUGUAUCCAGGAAGGAGCAGAAAAUGGAGUUGUCAUCCUUCUGCUUGGUAACAAAACAGACCGUGCUGCAGAAAGAAGAGUCUCUUCAGAGGACGGUGCAUACCUGGCCAAGGUCUACCCUUAAGCUUUCCUCUUAUCUUUGUAAUUACUUCUCCCCUGAGUUUGGCAAACCAAAAUGAAGUCAGAAUAAAUUAAAAGUAAUAUAAUGUAGUGCUGCUUUUGAGGUUGAUUGAUUUAGGCCAGAGGCAAAGG